AAUCCCUGAUAAAUAAAUUGCAGGAGGACAUCUAUGGAUGGACUCUUAGUCUCAAUGGCUUUGAAUCUAAGUCUGUUUUUGGCUUUGUUUCUUCCAAACUAUUCUCAAGUAUGAACAUUCUGUCGAUCCAAAAAAUCAUCCAACCGUUGUUCUAUUCAUGCCACCAAACUUCAAUCAUCUCAUUCCUGAAUAUAUGUCUCUGUUUUUUUAGGCUGAUUUAUUUUUCUAUUUUUAUUUAUUUUCUUACCAAUAAAAAGCAAAGAGACAGAUAAAAUAACCUCAAAAAGGUAAAAUUAAAAAACCUUUAAUCACCUUAAUUGAAAAAAAGAAGAAGAUAAAUUAGGUGUCCUUUUGCUUUCUUUUUUGACCAUCAAAAUUAACUGAUAUUUUAUUUUUAUAUUGAGGCUUGGUUUGAUGUGAGAAUAAAAAACAAAAAAAAAAAAUAUGAAAGGAGCAACAAGCUUUGGUGGUGGAGGCAAGGAUGAUUCUUCUGCUGCUGUUUCUACCAAGAACAAUAAACCCAAAUAUUCUAGAUUCACACAGCAAGAGCUUUCUGCGUGUAAACCUAUUUUAACACCAGGAUGGGUCAUUUCAUCAUUCAUUGUUAUUGGAGUUGUGUUUAUCCCUAUAGGCCUUGCUUCCUUGUUUGCAUCAGAACAUUUGGUGGAAAUUGUGGAACGAUAUGACAUAGAUUGCAUUCCUCCUGCUUAUAGAAAUAACAGCCUACAUUACAUACAAGCCAGCGAAACAAACAAGACGUGCACUAGGACCUUCAAUGUUCCAAAGCAUAUGAAAAGUCCUGUUUUCAUCUAUUACGAGCUUGAUAACUAUUACCAAAACCAUCGCCGAUAUGUAAAAAGUCGAAGUGAUACACAGUUGCGAGGCAAGGCCAGUGAAAGUGCUACAGAAACCUGUGAACCAGAAGCAGUCACUUCGAAUGGACAACCAAUUGUUCCCUGUGGCCUUGUUGCUUGGAGUUUGUUCAAUGACACCUACAGGUUUUCAGUCAAAAACGAGGUUUUAGAUGUCAGCAAAAAGAACAUCGCUUGGAAAAGUGACCAGGAGAAUAAAUUUGGUUCUGAUGUUUAUCCUAAAAAUUUCCAGAGUGGAAGCUUGAUUGGGGGUGGAAAACUCAAUUCAAGCAUACCUUUGAGUGAACAAGUAGAUCUAAUUGUAUGGAUGCGCACUGCAGCACUGCCAACGUUCAGAAAACCAUAUGGAAAGAUAGAAAGGGACCUUCCUGCUAACACUACAAUUACGGUUAUCAUUCAGAAUAAUUAUAAUACUUACAGUUUUGGAGGCAAAAAGAAGCUGGUUCUUUCAACCACGAGUUGUUUAGGUGGAAAAGAUAAUUUCUUGGGCAGUGCGUAUCUCUUUGUUGGUGGCUUGUGCUUGUUCUUGGCAGUGUGCUUCAUGCUUGUUUAUGUGUUAAGGCCAAGGCCCAUUGGCGAUCCAUCCUACUUAUCUUGGAACAGGAAUCCAGGAGGAUAUGUGAAUUAGAACUCUAAACCAUGUUCUGUCAAUUUGCAAGUUUGUGAUCCACCUUCUAGCCAUGCUCCUGCACAAGCUUCAUUUCUAUCACACCAAACCAACAGUUCCAUAUAGGAAUCUAGGGCUUUGCAUUCUGAUAAAUGCAAUGACAUAUUGUCAUUAACUUAAUAUAUGAUAGGCUGAUUUUCGUCGUUUCA